AUGGACAUCUCAACCAAUGAGCUGGCGGCUCUUACUGUUGUCUUGCUUGCCACCGGGAUGCUCUUCUACGCUAAUAGCACCCGGCGUGCCCCAUUACCGCCUGGGCCCCGUGGUCUCCCGCUCCUCGGCAACCUGUUCCAGUUCGACGUGAUGCGCCCCUACCCCCAGUAUCUUAAAUGGGCACAGAAAUACGGCCCUGUCUUCUCUGUCAAACUGGGCGGUCAGCGCAUUAUCGUGCUGAACAGUUCCGAAGCGGCGGACGAACUGCUCGCCACCCGCAGCAAGCUGUAUUCGAGCCGCGAGUCCCCGCACGUCGGGUUUGACCUGGUGAGCGACCAGCAGCGGAUGUUGUUCAUGCCGUAUGGCAGAGAGUGGAAGAUUGCCAGGAAGAAUGUUCACAGCCUUCUCGGCCCUGGUCCGUCCAAGCAAAUGGGCAAGACGCAAGACCUCGAAUCACGCGUGAUGUUGCACGACCUGCUCUGUCAUGGUGAGACUAGCAUCACAGAGGAAUUUGUCGAAGGGCCGCGUGGAGAGGUGCCUGAGAGGCAUUGGUUCUCCGUCGUCAGGAGAUAUACGACUAGCGUGGUAAUGAUGCUCGUGUAUGGGCGUCGUAUCCAUCGCAUUGUGGGCGAUCCGGAGCUGCAUAAAGUCUACGACUUGAUGUCCAACUUCACACAUGUGUCCCAACCUGGAAGAUAUAUGGUGGAUGCGCUUCCUGUCCUACGUUGGCUACCAGAUAUGCUGGCCCCAUGGAGAGCAGAGGGGAGGAAGACGCACAAACGGGAAAUGGACUUCUGGGGGAAGCUGUUCUCUGACAGCCGGACGGCCUUUCUCAAUGGCACCGGGCUCAACGGCUUUGUUCAGUCUUAUCUCCGCGCCCGUACCGAGGCGGGGCUCGAGGAUCUGCCCGGUAAUGGUGCAACAGAGGACGCGGCGGGGUGGAUGCGCGACAAGCUUAUCACAUACACGGCUGUGACCAUCGUCGAGGCUGGCUCCGAUACGACCUCGACCGCCGUCUUCUCAUUUGUGCUGCUCAUGCUCAGCAACCCGGAUGCUCUUCAGCGUGCUAAGGAAGAGAUGGACGCGGUGGUAGGCUCUAGCCGCAUGCCGGAUUGGGAGGACGAGGAUAAGUUACCUUGGCUCACAGCCUGCAUCAAGGAGACGCUGCGACGCGCACCACCGGCGCCCUUGGGUAUCCCGCACAAGGUAGACGAGGACGACGUUUAUAACGGCUAUCUCAUCCCUAAAGGAUCUACCGUCAUUGGAAAUAUAUGGGCCAUCCAUAUGGACCCCGUUCGGUAUCCUGACCCAACCGCAUUCAAGCCGGAGCGGUUCUACAAUCCAGAUGGAAAGUUGAACUGGGCCAGUGGCCCGGACACCCACAAUCGCGACCACUACAUAUUCGGGUGGGGCAGGCGUUUCUGCUCUGGCAAAUAUCUUGCAGAGGCAUCGAUGUUCAUUGUUCUGUCUCGUCUCAUCUGGGGCUUCGACUUCUACGCAGCAUCGGAUCCGCAGACUGGCAAAGCGAGAUUGCCCGAUGUCAAUGACGUGGACACGUUCACAGACGGACUUGUGACUGCCCCGAAGAUAUACCCUGUUGGAUUCAAGCCACGGUCUGAGAAGCACGCCGAGAUGAUCAAAGCAUCGUAUAGAGAGGUGCAGAAUGACUGGCAGUCGAUGGGGCUGGCUGGAGAUGAGCGGUGA